AUGCCGUACUACAACAGUGGUCACAGCCCCGCUUAUAACAAAGAUGGUGGCUCCAGUGGGCCGUCGAGCACUUCUGGCGGUCGCGCCAGCAGCUCGGAGCCGACGUAUAUGAUGGAGCACUUGGCCACGUUCACCGUCACGAAGGAAACCGGUAUUGUUUAUCCGGCGGAUGGUAUGCGCCGCCUUCUACAACUGGAAAAAAGCAAUGGCAUUUGGAGUCAAAAAAUGCAGCUCCGUCUCGAGCGAAACUGGGUCCUUAUCAUGGACAACGAAACGGGGGCCAUUAUGGAGCGAUUUCCGGCUUCCUUGAUACAAGAACCGACGGCAUUUACGUCGAGAGAUCCCAUGGAGAUGUACAACAACAUUUUGGUGUUUACGGUAGCUGACGAUAGUGGUUCUGGUCAGCGAGCGGAAAUGCACAUAUUCCAAUGUCAGAGUGUUUCGGCGCAGGACCUCGUCGAGGACCUGAAGAUGCUGCAAAUGGGAAAACUGGUCACGGGUGGCUCGCCCCGAGGGCCUAGAGGACAUAUUCCACCUCCACCUGCCUUACCGCCUCCGGAACCACCCUUGAACGGCGUUAAUGUCAGGGAACAGGUGUCUGCUUUCAACGCGGCGAAUGCAGACGGACAGAAUGACAUGUCUCGAGAAGAGAACAACGACGAGGUGUCGUCGACAUCGUCGGAGAAGUACGAGCGCGACGUGACGAUCUUAAAUCAUUGCUUCGACGACAUCGAAAAGUUCAUCGCGCGUCUGCAACACGCGGCUGCUGCGUCUCGGGAGCUAGAGCGCCGACGACGUAAUCGGAAAUCAAAGAAGAGAAACCUCGGCGACGGUAUGCUAACGAUGAGAGCAAAGCCACCUCCCGAGAUGGAGUUCAUUGAUAUCUUCCAGAAAUUCAAGCUCUCGUUCAACCUAUUAGCCAAGCUCAAAGCGCAUAUCCACGAUCCCAACGCGCCGGAACUCGUACACUUUCUCUUCACGCCGCUCGCGCUCAUCGUGGACGCUUCUCACGAUACUAAUUACGAUCCGAAUUUACCCAGUAAAGUAGUGUCGCCGCUCCUCACCCGAGAAGCGGUCAAUUUGCUGAUAAACUGCGUCACCAGCAAAGAGACCGAGCUCUGGCACUCGCUGGGCGACACGUGGCUGAUACCGCGCGAUCAAUGGAAAGGACACGUGCCGCCGUACCAUCCGAUCUUCAUGGACGGUUGGUCGCCAGAGUAUCCUAUUCCCGAGGACAGAGAUCACGAUCAUUUGGCGUCCUUAUUGAAUGCGGAUAAACAAAAAAGAGACGAGUUGCCAGAACAACAGAACGAUCCUUAUUACAAUCACCGUGAUGUGGAUGAAUCGCAUUACAGCAGCGAUUAUCUCGAGUACGAGAGCCGGGAGGAGCGCGGCGGUAACGAAUAUUUCGACAGGAAUUAUGGACCGAGCUCGGAAUUGUAUGGUCGCGAGGAAAGAGUGGAUCAGACCAGGGCGCAUAGUGAUAUUUCCGUAGACUCGAUCGAGAGAGCUCCCAGAGCAGCCGCCGGUAUAGAGAGAGCGCAGGAGGCUUGGCUGGAUGAAUUGGUAGCGCGCCAUGGCAAAAUUGUGCAAGUCACUUAUCCACGAACGGCGAACAACGACAAGGAGCUCACGGUAGUCAGAGGCGAAUAUCUGGAGAUUCUUGACGAUAGCAGGAAAUGGUGGAAAGCGAGAAACUCCCGAGGGCAAGUCGCUCACGUGCCGCACACCAUCGUUACGCCUCACAAUCCCGCUACUCAUUCUGCUGACAAUGACGUCUUUAACAAUCCUCUAUAUACCAGCAGAUAUCCGAGGCAAGGGCACGGCUAUAAUUAUGAGGAUUCGGAGAUUGAAAGAACCAGCACUAGUCCAGGUCCGGAAACCACACAUCGAACACAUGCGAUUCCGCCGCCAGCCCCUGCUGAUUGGGUGAGAAAGGAAAGACUUGGGAAAAAAGACGACAUUAGUUCUUACAACGGAAUAUCCAUCAGUGAUAGCAGUAGAUCUAGCACUUCUUCUAUCGAGAGUAUUUCUCAGUCGAAUGGAAAGCUUAAUACGCAACAAAGCAUCGUGGAAGUGCAUUCACCACCUCGCGAUAUAAUACUAGAUGUAAUACCCGACAAGCCAGCUUUACCCGCGCCGGCUGCACUGACACUACCACCAGAGCUGUCCGCAUCGAAAUCAACGCCAGCACUACCUGCAUCGGAAUCAGCACCAAAAUUACCCACAUCAAAAUCAGCACCAACAUUAUUUGUAUUGAAAUCAAUCCCAAUACUAUCUCCAUUAAAAUCAGCACCAGCAUCACCUGUACCGGCAUUAGAUUCAUCGACGAUAUCUCCGACGCCUCCACCACUUCCACCACCGCCGCCGCCGCCGCCGCCGCCGACGACGCCAAUAGGAUCUACCCCACUGCUUCAAACUCAAAAAUCUGUGCCAGCGACAACUUUUACGUUUAAUAAAGCAGAAACUUUCAAAAGUAGUAAACUCUUCAAUGGCAUUUCCAGUCAAGAAGAAGUUCAAAAAGAGCUCAAGUUUGUUCUGAGGAUAUUUCGAGAGAAGAAAGCAAAUUCUCCUAUCAAUAACAGCACGCAGGAAAUUUGGUUGAAUCAACACUCGACCCCUUGGGAAGUUCAAACUUGGUUAUCAGCCAAAGGAUUCUCGCAAAAAAUUUGCAAACAGUUGGAAAAUACGAACGGCACGGAAUUGUUCAAUUUAUCGCGACGGCGACUGGAGCAAUUGUGCGGUCUGUCCGAGGGAAGCAGGCUGAAUGGGCAAAUAACUUUAGCGAAAAACGAAUGUGAGUACAAAACUGCCCGAUCGUCAGAACUCAAGCAAAUUUUAGAAAAAGCGCGUCAAAGAGCGGAAAAAUUAAACGAUAAGGAUGAAGCCAGAAAGUGAAUCAUAAUAUUCCUUAUAUUUCAAUAUAUGCGAACCGGAAUGCUGCAGGAAAUUGGAAUGAUGCAAAUAUCGAAGCGAUAUGUGCAAGCGCUUUGUAGUCACGUGAGAAUAGCAAAUUUAGAAAAAUGGAAGAUAAAAUACAAUAAAUAUCGAAUUAUUUUAUUUUAUCUUACGUAUUGUGAUAAUUAUUUAUUACGAGUUAAAGCCAUAUCACGUAUCAAAAAUUUUCAGCAAGCUGGCAUGCAUGCGCUAUUAUACAAUAAAUUAGCUGUGAUGUUCUUUUUGCGAGCAAUAUUAUCCAUUAUUUUAACAAACUUACAUAUCGCUUUAGUACUCGACAGCAACAUUUUGAGCACUUUAAGUUAAAUUUAAAUGUUAAUUAAGUUAAAUGUUGCAAAGGAAAUAUAUUAUCUCGAAUGCGGUAAUGAUAUUAGAAGAUAGCAAUUAUAAAAGAAUAUGUAAUUACAGUAUGUGUAAUAUAAAUAUAUAUUAUAUGAUAAUCAUCAAUUAUGUAUCUUCAACACAAAUUGUUAAUUAAAUCGUUAAUUAAUGAAAAGGACAGUAACAAUCGGCCAAAUGUAUCCUCUUUU